GACAAAACUCAGAUGUGCAGUACAAUAUUUGAGUGUGUUACAAAUUACAAUCAUUACUCUAAAUAAUAAUGGGAGUGUUUUUAACAAAACUUUGUGGUGUGAAUAUAAUUUCCAUUUGAAAAUAGGCUAAAGUGCAAAUUACACAAUAAUAAAAGAAAAAGGGUAUUUUGCAAAGAAGUCCUCAAAAAAACAGUUAUUAAUAUUAUUUUCAUUUAUUUAUUUGAUUUUUGAUAAUAAUAAGAUUGGUCGCCCACUUAGUUGGCUUCCCAUUUGAGUGAGUUUCGGCAUUCUAUCUAUGUUCUCUUCUCUGCUCUCUCUUCUCUUCUCUUCUCUUCUCUUCUCUAUACUAAAUCUCAUAAUCCAAAUCAAUGAAUGAACGAUCAUCAUCAUAAGCAGCAACAACAACAACAUCUUCAUCUUCAUCUUCAUCUUAACUAAUACACUACUUUGCAAAUGAUGAGAUAUCAGAGAGUAAUAAGUCCAGAUUGUGUUCCUUUGAGUAAUGGGAAUGGAACCAAGAAGCCCAUCAACAGAGAACAAGACACAAUCACCAGAUUCAGAUCCCCUUCUUCUUCUUCAUCAACACAACAAGACCUUACUUUUCAACAAUCCAUUGAACAACCCCAUCAUCAUCAUCAUCAUCAUCAUCAUCAUCAUGAUAGCAGUUCAAGUCCAAGUCCUAGCCGAGGGAGUGGAGAUAUGCUGUUGCAAUGGGGUCAAAAGAAGAGGUCAAGGGUCUCAAGAACUGAGAUCCAUAAGAACCUAAACAUGGAAGACUCUUCUUCUUCACUUUCUGCUGUUUCUCUUGUUCAAGUUGUCAGGCAAAGAAGACUACCUAAUCACUCUGGAUCAACUCCAAAGAAGUUGUUAAAUUCCAAUAUUAUGCCACCACCUCCUACUCCUCCUCCGCUUCCUUCUUCUUCCUCAUCAUCCAAUGGAACCAGAGCUAGAAAAGAAGUACUUCUUUCUCACAGGAACUUGGAAGAUCGAAGUGGAACAAAUGGGUCACCCUCAAGAAUCUGUGGUGGUGGUAGUGGUAGAUCUACAGUUGGGAAAUCUGAGAAGAAAGUGUCUUCUUCUUGUUUGGCAAGGUUGGGCAAUGAUAAGGUCUGUGAUAGACUCAAUUCCAAUCAUGUCCACUCAACAACAACUGUAACAGAACAUCAUCAUCAUCAUCUUCAUGAUCAUAAUAAUAGUGUUGUAGUUGAAAAGGUGAAUGUUGAAGCUUUGGAAUGGCCAAGAAUAUUUCUUGCUUUAUCAAGAAAAGAGAAAGAAGAUGAUUUUCUUGCUAUGAAAGGGACAAAGCUUCCUCAAAGGCCUAAGAAGAGGCCUAAGAAUGUUGACAGAGCUCUUCAGUAUUGUUUCCCAGGGAUGUGGUUAUCUGAUUUGACAAGGAAUAGGUAUGAGGUUAGGGAGAAGAAGUGUGUGAAGAAGCAAAAGCAGAGAAGAGGGCUCAAAGGAAUGGAAAGCUUGGACAGUGAUUCUGAGUAGUAGUAGUAGUAGACAUGACACAGUCAGACACCUCACAUGUAGAUUAGGCACAUCCAUUAGAUUAGAUUCUUCUUCUUCUUAAGCACAUAUUUUCUUUCUUUCUUUCUUUUUGUAUUAAUUAGCCAAAGUAGUUGUAGUAGUAGAAGAAGAUGUUAAGAGUGAUAAUAGUGAGGAGAAAAAGCUCUCUUUCUCUACAAAGUUCUGAGGUGGGAAUGAAAAAGAGAAGAUCAAGUUUCACCUCUCUCUCUCUCCUAAUGUCAGCCAUCAUCAUCAUCACCAGGCAUGAGCAUGAUUCUGUUGGGGUUGUUGGUCAGGGGACAUUUUUUUCUUCCUUUCAAUUUUCCUUGUAAAAAAAGCUCUGGUUAUCAUGCUCAUCAUGUUGUUUUGUCCCCCUAAUCAAUCAAAUAUUAUACCACCAGGCAAAAGAUGCUGUUCUACUUCA